AUGGAUGCUGUGUUCCCCUUGAUCUUCAACGCUUCCCUCUCGGCAACUCCCGUGCACCAGCGUCUCUCCCUGGCAGCCACGCUGACCUCAACGAUGCUGAAGCAGAGGCAGGGCACCGCGCCAAGCCGAGACCUCGCCGGGCGCUGCGCGGAGGAAGUGCAGCGCCUGGAGCAGAGCAAGGCCCAAGCGCGGCCCCUGGCCUGCGCCUUAUCCGCAGCCAUGUCCUUCGUCCAGCAGCUGGCGACCCAGUCGCAGGCCGCGCAGCAGGUGUCUGCGGAGGCGUUCAAGGCGAAGUGCAUGGAAGUGAGCCGCACGGGUGAAGCCCAGCUCGAGCUGGUUGGCUUCAGCUCGCUGGAGGUCAACUGUUGGUGGCAUGACCAGAGUCACAUUGAGGCCUCAUGGGAUGGCGUCAAGGCAGCGCCCGCCCCAAAGCAUCACGCGCCUGCGGGCGGCGUUUCGGAGACCUGCGGCAUUUGCCAGGAGCGGGCGCCGCUGACGGCGCUGGCGCCCUGCGGUCACACCAUGUGCCGCGGCUGCCUAGCAGCACGGGCAGCAGGUGUGCCCCUUCUGCCGGCAGCCGCUGCGCUGCAGCAGAUCCUGGAAGAGAAAGUUCAGGAUCUGGCAACGAAGCAGCUGCAAUCUCGACAGUGA